UUGUCAGAAAACUGUAUAUAAAUGAUUAAAAAAUAAUUCAAUUAGAUAUUGCCAUAUGGUAUUAUACAUUGCAACAGUCGAUAUCAAUUUAUGAAAGUGAUGUAGAGCUGUUGAUUAUAGUUGCCUAACCUUUAAUGUCUUGCAAAAAUGUUUUAGCAAAAGUAAAACAAAUGCUAAUCCUUAUACCACAAUUGUGUUGAUAUCUGCAUGUGGCAGUGGAAUUGAAGGAUUAUAUAGGGUAAUCUGAGUUUUGUUCAAGAUCGGAUAACACUCCAAUUUAGUUUAUUAUAUGACAGGAAUGCGUGUCAUAAUGUGUCAAACAUUUUGAAAUGAAAUGAUCCAUUUCAGACUCUUAGUGAAUAGUCAAGUCAGUGACACUAAGAAAUAUUAUCAAGAGUUUGAUGAAUAGAGCAGUGUAUUCAGAUCUAUAUUAAGACAUGUUUUAGUGUUAGUUAACGUGUAUAUCUAAACAGAAGUUGUUAUUGACUAAUGGGAAAUGAUGGAGUGGGAAAUAAUAGAGAAAGGAUACGGUUGAUUCUCUUAACACUAUGUAUUGCUUUUUGCUGUAUCCAAAUUAUAUUUUACCACACAGUUAGAAAGCAAUAUCCGGGUGCAACUUCAUAUAACUUUAGUAAACCAUAUCAGGUGAUAACACAGCCAGGUUUGCUGAAACUUAUAAAUACAUCAAUACCAACAUAUCAUUUUAAUGGACUUUAUAUUCAUGAAAAUAAAACGUUUUGUUCUUCAGUUACAAAUCUGACCAUAUUAGUUCUUGUGUUAUCAUCAACUGGAAACUUAAACAAAAGGCAAGCAUUAAGACAAACCUGGACAAACGGAACAUUCUAUAGACCGUAUGGGACACUGAAAGCUUUGUUCCUUCUAGGAAUCGGCGACGAUGCCGAUGUCCAGAACAAAAUUAAUAAAGAAUCUCAGCUCUAUGGAGAUAUUGUUCAAGGAGGUUUUAUAGACACUUACAAUAAUUUGACACUCAAGUCAACAAUGGGAUUUGAAUGGGCAACUGAUCGAUGCAGAAAUGCAAAAUAUGUUAUUAAAACAGAUGACGAUAUAGUGAUUAAUAUGUUUAAGUUGUUUCAAAACACUAUUCUUAGAGAGUCCGAAUGUGAUUUUCAUGUUUAUUGCCACCGCCAACAAAAUAUUGUCGUUAGAGAAAAUACAAGUAAAUGGUAUGUCGGACAAGACCACUUUAAAGGGUGGACUAGAUAUUCAACCUACUGCGGAGGAUCUUUUGUAAUGAUUUUGAAUGAAGUGGUUCCAUUUAUAUACGCAUCGAUAUUUAGAACACCAUUCUUUUGGAUCGAAGACGUUUUAUUAUAUGGUAUUGUCCUAGACAAUAUACCUGGUCUUAAAUACAAAAGAGUUAGAGGAAUAGACCGCAACUUAGACAACACUACCGCAUCAAUAAUUUGCUUAAAGGAACAAAAGACAAACUGUUCACCCUUUAUAUUCAUGACGAAAGGCGCGCUACAGAUCGUGACACUUUGGGAAAACAUUUUACUGUUGUACUACAAUUGAAACUCACCUUUUGUCAUUUAUGCGCAUUUAGUGUAUGAUACUUAUAUUUGUGGUAUACAGUAUGCAUAAAGAUUUAUAGCAACCAGUCGGCAAAAUAUUACAGUAACCUUUGAAGAUAUCAAUAAAUGGUAUCAGCUCAGCUUAUAUUUACCAGAAAUUAACGUUCGGGAAAGUACGUAAACGAGUUUCUUGUACCGAUGCUAAAUCAGCAUUGUGUUAUUGUGACUUCAUAUUUUAUAUAGAUCUAUAUGAGACUGCAAUACAUAAAUUAUUUUGCGACUGGUUUAUGCUAACCAUAACUUUUGUGAAAUAUAUUUAUGAGAAAAUAAUAUUAAGAUUAUUGCAUACUACACAAAAUGAAAUAUCACUUACUUUUGCAUGUAACAGUAAAGGAUAUCGGACAUUAUGCUAGGGAUUUUGCCCUAAGUUCAAUGCUAUUUCUUGACUUCAGUAGCUGAUAGUUUUAUAUAACAGCUUCAAAUACUGAUAAAUAAGUUAUAUUCUUAUCAAACUGUCACAAAAAAUAGUUUUAUUUUAUAUUCGUUUUCUUGAAAUUCGAACAGUUUGUAACUAAGGGUCAUAUUUUUGAAAAAUUUUAAAUGUGUAUUUUUAGUUAAAAUAAGCAUUGGUAUUUAAGGUAUGUCUACUAUGAAAUAUUUUGACACAAUAAAUAAACUGAUACCAUAGAGAUUAUCAGUUUUAUUGACAUUUUUCAAAAUAAACGAAACGGAAAAAAUAAGAGUGGAACAAAACAUUUGGUCCCUAACUGUACUUCAAGUUAUUUCCACCCGAGUGCCCAUGAUAACACUGAUGCAUUGAUCAUAUCCUAUUGUUUGUUUUCUAUACAUCAAUUGCUAGACUGUAUUUAUACACAUGUUCAAAACAGACCGGUCAUUAUGUAGAGGAUUAUUAUUGAAUACAUGCAGUGGUGUAGCUGGCCAUACAUUGGCGUAGUUGGCCUUUUUCAGUUGAAACGGAGGGGUGCAGGAGACUGCCUAUUCCACUACGGGUUCAGGGAUGCCUUACUUUUAGCAUUUUAUAUCAGUGGAACUUUACUAGCUAGUAUCAACCUUAUUUAUAUAGAUAUUCUUGGGGUGUCUGUGUUAGUUCUUUGAGGUCCUUACUAGUAUUUCGGUUGGCUUCGAAAUAAGUUUCAGAUGUGUGAGCGAAUUGAUGUUAAUUCUGGGGGUGUCCGUGUUAGUUAUGGGCGAGUCCGUAUUAGUUCUAUGGGUGUCGGUGUAAGUUCUGGAAGCAAUUAGGUUAGUUAAUGUGAUGGUGUCUGGUGUAGUUUUUGUUAGGGUAUAGGAUGCUGGAUCAAAUAAAAACAAAUGUUGCUCUUAAAAUGCAUUCUAUGUUCGCUUCAACUGUGUCCUACAAAAGGUAAAAAAAUUGCACUUAAGUGGCACUAUUCCCAUAAAAGUUCGUCUGUAUAUCUUUGUCUACUUUACGUUGAAGACACAUAUGUAAUAUGUCGAAGCCACUUGCUUGGUUCUUGACUUAUGACAGAUGCAGUUGUCUCAAUCCUGAUAACACUCAAUCGAUGGACUUAGACUGUCAAGAGGUAACAGAUCUGAUUGCAAAAGUCAUAAGAUAUACUUAUAAAGAUCUGUCUGCUUUCUAGCUUCACUUUCUAUGUCCCCUAUUUAUUUAGUUUAGUGUUUUCUGUGCUUGAAAUAUUUACAAAAAUGAAUAAACUGUGUAUAUAUGUAAGGUUUAGGAAAAACAUGCAAUAAGUGUCAAAUAUUUAUGUUAAAAUUUAUUUGCUGACACCCUGUACGUAGUUGUUUUCAAUUCUAAACACUUUCCCACCCGUGACCAAGUGUCAUUUUUGCAGCAUACGUAUAUAAUAAUUAUUUACAAAGGCAUGUGAACUAUUUUGUUGCGUCACUGGUGGGAAAGAUGUUUAAAACGUAAAAAUGAUUUAUGUUCAUAUUUUAAUAGAAAAGAGAAUGAGAAAUGUCUACAAAGUCUUCUUUUUUGUUCAUAAACUUGUAAAAUGAAGUCGCAUUUAUCAAGAAAUGGUCUUCAACUAUCAUAACUAUGCAAUUUCAGAAGUCUAUCCCUAUGUCAAGUUUUCCUUAAUCGGAUAGGCAAUCUGAAUAGGAAAAUGUCCGAGGUCCUUCCUUAUCUAAGUUACCUAUUAUCGAUGAUAAAUUAUUAAUACGCGAGUAACAUUAUCACUUUUAUAUUCUUGAUAUAAUGUAUAAGAAGAUAUUUUGGAAGAACAGAACGCAUCCAAGCUAAUAUUUACAAUUUAUGUACGCAAUAAUAUCUCAUUUUGUUUACAAAGUGUUCAUGUAAGAAUAAAAUCUGGAAAGUAGGUCCCUCGGAAGCACCGAAAACAAUGCAAACAGUGAAAAUUGCAGACUCGGUUUGAUUGAGUCUGUUCAUGAGCAGUAAUGGAAAAUGCAACACUGCCCACGCCCCCUAGCACCGGCUUAAGCAGUAUUCAAUCUUCAAAUCUAAAUGAGUCUUUAUCGAGGUUUAUACUACUGAUUGGAGACAGUUCAAUUUUAGAUUAAUUCACGUAUGUUAUGUUUUACAAUUUUGUUUCAAGAUUAUAAGAAAACAUAAAUACAAAACAGACGAACACAGUUAUCCUUCAAAGAGAUGUAGUAUUUCAGAAAUGUUCCUCUAGUGACUUGAAGUUUAUUCAGGUCAUUUCAAUUUGGCCAAAAGUAUGGCUGCCAGGGGACAGGUAGAUUCCCCUUCUAUGUUUCUUCGUUAAAGAUUAUUGAUCAUGAAGCUGACGUUAUUGUUAUACAUACACGUUCAUUUUAUGAAGCAUCUCUUGUUCAAAAUUACAAGCAUCAUUUUCUCAAGUUACAAAGGAAUAAUAAAUCUCAUUAUGAAGGUGCUUUAUAGUGUUGCAUAAUCUCUAAUGAACAGACUGCAUCAGUUCAAGUAAGUUACUUUGCUUAGUUGCGUUUUUACGUCCAAGGGAGUGAUAUGUGGAUUUAUUUUACAUUAUUUCUAUCUUAUUUAUGACUGUAAGUCGACCAAUAUACAGGUAAAUAGCAUGAAAGACACACAAUACUAUCUUAAAAAGACUGUAAGUCAACACAUACAUUAUAAAAAGAGUUAUCAUUUGUUCUUCCUAUUUCUUUCAUAGUAAACAUGUUUGUUAAAUAAAUACAUCGUUUUACCUGUUGGUAUUGUUUUAAGCCAAUUGAAUUAAUUUAAACAAUAGUUAAUUAUGUCUCCCCCAGGAGACAUAUUGUUUUUGCCCUGUCCGUCCGUCCGUCUGUCCGUCCGUCCUUCCGUCCGUCCGUCCGUACGUCACACUUCAUUUCCGAGCAAUAACUGGAGAACCAUUUGACCUAGAACCUUCAAACUUCAUAGGGUUGUAGGGCUGCUGGAGUAGACGACCCCUAUUGUUUUUGAGGUCACUCCGUCAAAGGUCAAGGUCACAGGGGCCUGAACAUUGAAAACCAUUUCCAAUCAAUAACUAGAGAACCACUUGACCCAGAAUAUUGAAACUGCAUAGGAUGGUUGGUCAUGAAGAGUAGUUGACCCUAUUGAUUUUGGGGUCACUCCGUCAAAGGUCAAGGUCACAGGGGCCUGAACAUUAAAAACCAUUUCCGAUCAGUAACUAGAGAACCACUUGACCCAGAAUGUUGAAACUUCAUAGGAUGAUUGGUCAUGAAGAGUAGAUGACCCCUAUUGAUUUUGGGGUCACUCCGUCAAAGGUCAAGGUCACAGGGGCCUGAACAUUGAAAACCAUUUCCAAUCAAUAACUAGAGAACCACUUGACCCAGAAUGUUGAAACUUGAUAGGAUGAUUGGUCAUAAAGAGUAGUUGACCCUUAUUGAUUAUGGGAUCACUCCGUCAAAGGUCAAGGUCACAGGGGCCUGAACAUUGAAAACCAUUUCUGAUCAAUAUCUAGAGAACCACUUGACCCAGAAUGUUGAAACUUCAUAGGAUGAUUGUACAUGCAAAGUAGAUGACCCCAAUCGAUUUUGGGGUCACUCCAUUAAAGGUCAAGGUCACAGGGGCCUGAACAUUGAAAACCAUUUCCGGUCAGUAACUUGAGAACCACUUGACCCAGAAUGUUGAAACUUAAUAGGAUGAUUGGUCAUAAAGAGUAGAUGACCCCUAACGAUUUUCCCUUAUUGAUUAUGGGAUCACUUCUUCAAAGGUCAAGGUCACAGGGGCCUGAACAUUGAAAACCAUUUCUGAUCAAUAACUAGAGAACCACUUGACCCAGAAUGUUGAAACUUCAUAGGAUGAUUAUACAUGCAAAGUAGAUGACCCCUAUCAAUUUUGGGGUCACUCCAUUAAAGGUCAAGGUCACAGGGGCCUGAACAUUGAAAACCAUUUCCGGUCAGUAACUUGAGAACCACUUGACCCAGAAUGUUGAAACUUAAUAGGAUGAUUGGUCAUAAAGAGUAGAUGACCCCUAACGAUUUUGGGGUCACUCUGUGAAAGGUCAAGGUCACAGGGGCCCGCACAUUGAAAACCAUUUCCGGUCAGUAACUUGAGAACCACUUGACCCAGAAUGAUGAAACUUCGUAGGAUGAUUGGUCAUGCAGAGUAGAUGAACCCUAACGAUUUUAGGGUCACUCUGUUAAAGGUCAAAGCCACAGGAGCCUGAACAUGGAAAACCAUUUCCAAUCAGUAACUUGAGAACCUCUCGACCCAGAAUGUUGAAACUUCAUAGGAUGAUUGUUCAUGCAGAGUAAAUGACCCUUAUUGUUUUUGGGGCCACUCCGUUAAAGGUCAAGGUCACAGGGGCCUGAACAUUGAUAACCAGUUCUGAUCAAUAACUUGAGAACCACUUGACCUAGAAUGUUGAAACUUCAUAGGAUGAUUGAACAUGCAGAGUAGAUGACCCCUAUUGAUUUUGGGGUCAGUCUAUUAAAGGUCAAGGUCACAGGGGCCUGUUCAUGUUAAAUCAUUUUUUGGAAAUAAGUUGAGAACCACUUGACCUACAAUGUUGAAACUUAAUAGGAUGAUUGGACAUGUACAUGACCCCUAUUUAUUUUGAGGUCACUUGAUCAAAGGUCAGGGUCACAGGGGCCUGAACAGUGACUUGAGAACCACUAGGCCACGAGUGUUGAAAUUUAGCGGGAUGACUGGACAUGCCAAGUAGAUGAUCCCUAUUGCAGCCAACCAUCAGUGUCUCUUUGACUUUCGCUCCUGACCCCUAUUGACUGCUUGCCUAUAGGACUUUGCAUUUGGGGGAGACAUGCGCUUUUUUACAAAAGCAUUUUCUAGUUUACAUCCGCUUAAGUACAAAAACAAAAAAUAAAGGUUCAAAACAGAUGAGAAUAUCACUGAAAUUUUCAAUCUGAGAAUUUAUAUCAACUGACUAUAUUAUCAAGAUUUCACAUAUUUUGCUGAAUUCUAGUAAUGUGAACUAUCGGCAUGAAAUGUUACUGUAAACUAUCAGUUACGUGACAUUUUAUAAGCUUAUGUUCAUAAUUUUCUUUCAAAUUUCUAAACCUAUUGAGGGUACUUUGCAGAUAUAUUGAAUUGCUUUUAUUUUAAUUAGUUUACAUUGUUUCAUUUUAUUAUCUGUGAUUUGUGUGUAAAUACCUUGUAAAGCAUAUUCCGGUAAUUAUAACAUAUGUUUCUGUCAACG